AAAAUGUACAUAUUGCAGUUCGUAUUCUUCAUGAAAAUGAAUCCGGUUAUAUUCAGCUACUCUCAUAGAAAUGGGGACUUAUUAGUUCUUGUAUGUGUACAUAUUGAAACACCAUCCGCGCGAAUAAAAGUCGCGAAAACAUGGAAUACUUCGACGUUGGUUUAUUCUUAAAAGUGUAUUUAAUCACUAUAAUAACAGUGAAUUCUAAUGCUGCUUCUAUUAAAGAACCUCAUGAAAGUCAAAUUCUGACACAAGGAUUAUACAAUGCCAGUGAUAACGUAGUUAUUUUAAAUAUGACUAAUUUUAAGUCGUCUGUUUACGGGGACAAUAAAGGAUGGUUAGUCGAAUUUUACAAUAGUUGGUGCGGCUUUUGUUUUCGAUUUGCACCUUUGUGGAAAGCUUUUGCAAAUGACGUUUACGCAUGGAAAGAUAUUGUGGUAGUAGCUGCAAUAGAUUGUGCAGAUGAUGGUAACAACCCAAUCUGUCGUGAAUAUGAAAUUAUGCAUUAUCCGAUGCUUAAAUAUUUUUCUGUCAAUGCACAUAAAUCAUCAAUGGGAUUGGUGAUGGAAAAGUAUGAUAGCGUUGAUGAACUAAGACACAGUUUAAUUAAUUUGUUAGAAAAUGAACAACAAGAAGGGCGUGGUAUUUCAUGGCCAAAUAUUGCACCAUACAGAAAUUAUGAAAUUACAAAUAUUUGGACAACUGUACCACAUACCACGAAGUACUUUUUCUUACUCUUUGAGAAAACAGAUUCACAUUUAGGAACUGAAGCUAUAUUAGACAUGCAUAAAAUGCCAAUAUUACAGAUAAGACGAGUUACAUCUGAAAAUGAAAUAUUAUGUGAGACUAACAAAAUUACCAAUUUUCCAAGUUUAAUAGUUUUUUCUCGUAAUGAGACACAGAAGUCUCUUAAAAUCAGAGUACCUACAAGAGAGGGCACAUAUAAUACUAUUAUGCAAUAUAUGAUUUCCAAGGGAGAAAAUAUUAAUGAACAAAGUCUUACAAAAAUUUAUUCGACAGAGAUAAAUCAUAAAUCAACAAGUACUCCUACUCCAAAGCAAUCACAGGAAACAGAAAAACCAAAAAGUACAGAGAUAACUGGUGAUUAUAUGUAUCAAUUGGAUUUAGAGAACACUUUGAAAUAUUCCAUCAGUCAUGAAAUUCCACUACAUAAAAUAAUAAAUGGGGAGAAAAUGGAUGCACUAAAAAAGUAUUUAGAUCUGUUAGCUGAUUUUUUCCCACUAAGAUAUGACAAUAUCUUCCUAGAAACGGUUCGUGACAUUAUAAAAAGGAGAGAUAAUAUAUCUGGUGAAGAGUUUAGUCAAAUAAUAAAAUCUACUGAAGAAGAGAUGUCGCCUGUAUACUCUGGGCCUGCAGAGUGGGUUGGUUGUAAAGGAAGCAAAGAAGGUUAUCGUGGUUAUACUUGUGGUCUUUGGACAAUGUUUCAUAUGUUAACAGUUAACUAUGCUAUUGAAAAUAGAGAUGCUAAACAUGAACCAAGAAGGGUAUUAGAAGUCAUGCACGGAUAUAUAAAACAUUUUUUUGGAUGUGCUGAUUGCUCUCAGCAUUUCAUUGAAAUGGCUACAAGAAAUAAAAUGUUUGAGGUAUCUAAUAUGACUGAUAGUAUUUUAUGGUUAUGGUCUGCUCACAAUGAAGUAAAUGCAAGAUUAUCGGGUGAUGAUACAGAAGAUCCAAAACAUAAAAAGAUACAGUAUCCUGCAAUAGAGCAGUGUUCAAAUUGUAGAUACGAGAAUGGUAAAUUAUGGUUCAUCUAACGUACGUAAAAAUAAUGAUGAGAAAAUGAAAAUAAGACAAGAAAGACUAGUAUUAAAUAAAUAUGUGACUAGUAAAAAACUUGGUUGGGACUUCACAAUUUUUGAUAUAAGUAUCUGUGUUGUCUUAUAUACUGCAUCUACUGUCAUACUUAUAUAUUAUAUUACAAUGAAUUAUAAUAAAAACACUCCAUCUCUUAUUAUUAAUGGCAUUUUAUAUAUAGUUAUAAUCAUUAUUAUAUAUCAAAAUGAACUC